AUGGCGUGCACGGCGUCCUCUUUUUCGACCAAAUCUGCGCAACUGAGAGCAGUUGGCGACCGGAUCGACGAUGGCGUUGGGUCACUCGGUACUGUUCGUUACGUAGGUCCCGUACCGACCGCAACCGAUCCAUCGACGCUGUAUUACGGCAUCGAAUGGGACGAGUGGGGUCGAGGCAAACAUGACGGUAGUGUCGACCUGCCCAAUGGCGAUCGGGUCGUGGUCUUUGCAGGUCCAUCUGGUCGUCGCGAAAGCCGUGCAGGUCACGGGGAUCCAGUAGGUGCUCCAAUCUACAAAUGCUCAUUUGUCAAGGUGUCAAAAGUCGACGGCAUGCCCCUAUCGAGCACUGUGGUCCAGAGACUGCAGGAGAGAUACAGUGCAGAGGGCAGUUGCUUCGAUGUUCGCGAUACAGACGUCGAUGUCGUCGUGACUGGAGAAGUGAAGACGACGCUUGGUAGUGAGAAGCCCAUUGAGUUUGUAGGAGCCAAGAAACUUCGUACUCAGCAGACGUUAAAGACGAUCGAGAAAGUCUCGCUGUCGGGAUGUCAAAUCGCUGAGCUCGGCAUUGGGACGCCAGGCGAGAGUCUUCGAACGAUGACUCCGAGGCUGACCGAGCUAGACCUGUCGAAGAACCUGUUUCGAACGUGGACUGAUGUUGUCGCUGUUGUCCGUGAGCUGCCGUUUCUGGAGACACUGAUUCUCAGUGGAAACCGAUUUGCGUUUGAUGAGGAGGACGUAGCUGAAGAUGACAGCAAUGUUUUCGAAAGCGUCAAAGUGCUCGUGCUAAAUCAGACACUGCUGCGUUGGCACCAGGUAGGGAAGCUAGUAUCGCGCCAUUUCCCAAAGCUUGAAGAGCUGCACGUGGUUGGCAACGAGUACGACGACGAUCAGUUGAGCGUGUUCGAGGCAAGUGGAAGCUGGACGAAGACGCUUGCGGUCCUCGAUCUGAGCCUCAAUCACUUUGCCUCGUGGAAUCGACUUGUUUGUACCGUCGGCGUGAUGUUCGAGAACCUGAGUCAGCUGGUUUUGAAUGGGAAUCGCAUCGCUACGCUCGUCACUGACAGCAGCAACUCCGCCGCGGGGUUCCAGAAACUAACGACGCUAUCGCUGAGUGACAAUCUGGUGAACUCGUGGACCUCUAUCGAUAGUUUGAACGCGUUUCCGCUUUUGGACACACUGCGAUUUUCAAAGAACCCACUGACGUCGCAGAUGAGCCCGGGUGAGGCCCGGAUGCUCAUUAUCGCACGUACAGACCAUGUUGUGGCCUUCAAUGCAAGCCUUGUUCGAGAAAAAGAACGCGCAGAAGCUGAGCGAUUGUAUUUGAAGCGCAUACUGCAUGAACUGGCCGUCGUCGCCGAUGAUGCGUGUGAGUGUGAACGGGUGCUGGCCGCACAUCCGCGCUACAAUCGCCUGCGAGAACUGCAUCCAGACAUAUCCAUUGAGCAAAACGACAGCGCCAACGGCUGUGGAUCAACGGCUGGGCCGCGCAAACUGGCGUCAAGCUUAGUCAAAGUCAGCAUCAUCCCAAUGUCAAUGCGAGCGACAUCACUUCAGCCGCUGGUGAAGAACAUUCCUCAGCAGAUGAAGGUAUCACAGCUAAAGCUACUCAUUGAGGCUAAGUUUGGUGUUGAAGUACCUGUUCAGGUGCUAUCGUUUCGCACCGAUCCAAGAAGUCUGCCAAUGGUGCUCGACGACGACAGCGCUGAAGUCAGUUACUUCGGGAUACAGGACGGGUCUGAGGUGCUAGUCAAUGACUCGGAAUGA